GUAGGUUUCUCCCUCCGUGCUCCACUGUGCUCCCAAACUGCGAGGAGAACAGAACGAGAUGCGAAGCCGGAGCAGAAGACCUUCUGGGUGAACUUCUUCAACUCUUUGCCUCAUCCUCCUCAUCCUCACUUGAUGAAUCUGCGCGCUUGGGACGUUCAAAUUAAAAAUUAAAGAAAAAAAAGUGGACAUGAACACCACCGGGCUCAACCACACGGACGGGACCUUGUUCAACAGGACGGAGGGGAUGUUGUGCUGCAACUUGUCGUCGGUGGUGACCGAUGAAGGCUUCGUGGCUGCAUCUCCGGAUGAGAGGAGCCUCUUCAUCAUGAGGGUGGUCCAGAUCGCCGUCAUGUGCGUGCUGUCCCUCACCGUGGUGUUCGGCAUCUUCUUCUUGGGAUGCAAUCUCCUCAUCAAGUCUGAGGGCAUGAUCAACUUCUUGGUGACCGACAGGAGACCGUCCAAAGAGGCAGAGGCGGUGAUUGUUGGCGCCUACUGAGCUGACACACUACAGGAUCACUGGAUGUCAAUGAGAUUAACCCAGGAUGGAGACAACAGGUUCACUCCUAGGACUUUUUUCUUUUUCAAAAUGCCAACAGACUCCCUAAAGAGGCCUGUUUGUUUCCACAGUAUUGAUUCACAGCUGUAAUGUCACUUGUUCUUGUGGUCAUCAUUUGGUACGCCGGUGGCAAAGCUGUUACGGCGUAUAAAUAUGUACUGUAUGUGUUUUUGCAUACAAUGUACACACAUCUAUGUUGGGCAGUAGAAGGCCAACACGGUUUGCACAAUUGGAAUAAAUCAUGUAAUUAAAGAUUCCCCUCUUAUUGUGUAAUUUUGUACAUCGAAUCAGCAUGCCUGCUCAUUCAGCUUUUAGGAAAAGAAAGUUCCCCCCUUAAAGCCAUUUUUAUUUGGUAUAUCUGCUUGCAUAGUUCAUUUUGUGCAGGACAUUAUAGGAUCGGUUUACUCUGCAUUCAGAAAGGUGGGGGUUUUUUGUCACUUAAAAGUUGUCGAUGAAAAUACAUUCUUCCGUGUACGAUACUUCAUAUUAUCUUCCUUUGUUUUCAUUUCAUUAGGUUUAACAGAAAUAAGAGUAUUUUGCAGAAAUAUAGCUACAAAUAUCAUACACGUUCCGAAUGACAAGGGUCUAAUGAAAAGCAUGUAUCUCUGAAAUGUGUGAGGUUAUUUUUUUGUAUUCAUUUGUUUAUUUGUUGAUUUCUAUUUCUUUUUUUACAGAACAAAAAUGUAAUUUUCUUUGUAUGUUGGAUUUAAAGAAUAA